GGACCCAGACCCUCCUCGCAACAACAACAAAACCACCGCGCUUGCGGCUGGAGCCCCGGCUCCCGUCCCCGCCCUUCUGCCACCUGCCGACGCCUCGGCCGCGCCCGGCUGGUGCCUGCUCUGCGCUGCCGGGCCCGAGGGGUCAGGCGGAGAGCCGGGCCGCGCCCUUCGGCCAACUUCUCUCACUGCCAGCCGCGCCGCCUCGCGAGACCCAGGGCUGGGCCGCGCUCGUGGCCGCCGCGCAGCAGGAAGGGAGCGGCCGCAGGGGGGAACGCCCGGCCGAACUGUGCGGCCGGCGGCCCUGCCUGCGCGCGGAGGGCGGCGGUGGCGGGCCCAGCUGCCUUCUUUCAGUCCGGAGCCCGGCGGAGCCCGGACCUGGCGGGGAGAACUGCAUCCACGGCCCAGCACCCAGACGCCACCGCUGCUGCCGCCGCCGCCGCCGCCGCCGUCGCCGCCACCGCCUCUGUCCAUCCUUGGUACUGGCAAUGGCCUUCUUAUCGCCCGAUGCACUUGUGACUGAUCUGGACACGGAAUACUAAGAACUCACUUCUGUCCUCAUCCCAUUCGCGCCGGCGGUAACCACCUCGGUUCCUUUGGGUUUAACUGCUGCUCCUCUUGACUCCGUCCGACUUUGGGGCACCAUGGACCAAAGUGGGAUGGAGAUUCCUGUGACCCUCAUCAUUAAAGCACCGAAUCAGAAAUACAGUGACCAGACUAUUAGCUGCUUCUUGAACUGGACCGUGGGGAAACUAAAAAUGCAUCUAUCUAACGUAUACCCUAGCAAACCAUUGACGAAGGAUCAGAGAUUGGUGUAUUCGGGCAGACUGCUUCCCGAUCAUCUGCAGCUGAAAGACAUUCUCAGAAAACAAGAUGAGUAUCAUAUGGUUCAUCUAGUAUGUACUUCUCGGACUCCUCCUGGUUCUCCAAAAUCCAGCACCAAUAGAGAAAGUCGUGAAGCAUUGGCAUCUAGCAGCAAUUCUAGUUCAGAUCAUUCAGGAUCAACAACUCCGUCAUCCAGUCAAGAAACCUUGUCUUUAGCUGCUAGUUCUUCCUCAGAAGGAUUGAGGCAGCGUACCCCUUCACAAGCACAAACCAACCCCGCACAGAGUCAUCAGUUUCCAUAUGUAAUGCAAGGAAAUGUAGACAACCAGUUUCCUGAGCAAGCUAUUCCACCUGGAUUUCCAGCAUAUCCUGCCUUUAGCCCACUGCAGAUGCUGUGGUGGCAACAGAUGUAUGCUCAGCAGUAUUACAUGCAAUAUCAAGCCGCAGUUUCAGCUCAGGCCACAUCAAAUGCCAACUCAGCCCAGCCUACUGCUUCACAGCCUUUAAAUUUGGCACAUGUUCCUGGAGAAGAACCCCCACCAGCUCCAAACCUAGUGGCCCAAGAAAAUCGACCCAUGAAUGAGAAUGUUCAAAUGAAUGCACAGGGAGGUCCAGUGCUAAAUGACGAAGACUUCAACCGAGACUGGCUAGACUGGAUGUACACGUUCUCACGAGCUGCAAUUCUCCUCAGCAUUGUGUACUUCUAUUCUUCUUUUAGUCGGUUUAUCAUGGUAAUGGGAGCCAUGCUACUGGUUUAUUUGCACCAAGCUGGAUGGUUUCCUUUUAGGCAAGAAGGAGGUCAGCAACAAGCUCCCAACAAUGCCAGAGUUAACAAUGAUGGGCAGAAUGCACACAAUCUAGAACUUGAAGAAAUGGAGCAUCUUAUGGAUGAUGGGCUUGAAGAUGAGAGUGGAGAAGAUACAAGUGAAGAUGCCAGUGCAAUUCAAAGGCCUGGAUUGAUGGCUUCCGCUUGGUCUUUCAUCACCACCUUCUUUACUUCACUAAUACCAGAGGGGCCUCCCCAGGUUGCCAAUUAGACCUGAAAAACUGUGCCACCUAUAUAGAAGGGUCUGACUUUAGGAAAGUGGUUUUAAAUAACAGUGCAAUUUCAAAAAAAUUUAUAACUUUCUUUUGAUCAUCAUGUACAGAGGUGUUUUUUUCUUUAAGCUUCUCAUGCAUAUGAAUAUUUUAAGCACAAAUGGACUACUAAAUGUGUGAUUUUUUUUUAAGAUCCUAACAGAACAUAGCGUAACAAUAUUGGUCUUCCAGAUGUUAUUCAUUUCAAUUAUGUAUAGUAAACCAAGACCGACCUGUUUGUGCGUAUUAUUUCUUUAAAGAGCUGCUUUACAUAUAAAUGUCUAUAGUUAGUAGCCUAGCCCUUCAAUGUGUAAUUUGAAUAAAUAUAUCUAUUUUCUGUGAAUUAUUCUGAAAGUUUUAAACAGAAUGAACUCAUAGUUUUUAAUAAAGAAUAUUAUUUACCUAAAAUGUGCUAGUAGCAUCUUGCCCAGCCAUAAAGCAAUAAACUUCUCAGUAAUCCUAAUUUUGACAUUUGAAAAAAUAAUGGAAACUUUCUAUUUUAAGGGCAUGUAUCCCAUCAAUUGGAAUUAGUACCUUAAAGAAAAAAGGCAGCUCUUCAAUGGAAUUAAUAGUGAUACAAAACGUUUGAUACAGGCAGUACUUUUAUAAAAUAAGAUAUGCUGGAAAUUGCUCCCUGUAAUUUUUUAAAUAAAAAGUCAAUUAUGGUAAACA